GGGGCCCCGCAGCUGCAGCAUUUCAUCGAGGUGGAGACUCAGAAGCAGCGCUUCCAGCAGCUGGUGCACCAGAUGACUGAACUUUGUUGGGAAAAGUGCAUGGACAAGCCUGGGCCAAAGUUGGACAGUCGGGCUGAGGCCUGUUUUGUGAACUGCGUUGAGCGCUUCAUUGAUACAAGCCAAUUCAUCUUGAAUCGACUGGAACAGACCCAGAAAUCCAAGCCAGUCUUCUCAGAAAGCCUUUCUGACUGAUUUCAGCAUUACCUCUCUGGAGAAGGAAGGUAGUUCAAGAAAUGAGGCACUGUCGAUGGGAUGGUUGAAGAAACAGCUAUGGGAGGAUUAGCUCCCAGCAUUUGUCACUCUUAGGACAUCCUGUCAUCAGAGAAUGAACAAAGACCAAUUUUUCGCGUGUGGGUUUUGAGGGUCAUGUGUGUAUUUGGUUGUGUUUUUUAAUGCUAAUCUUGUGAAAAUAAUGAAAGAUAAAUGGAAAACUAUUAGAAGCAUAUUGUUCUCUAUGGGAUUAUGCUUUUUCUCAAAGUCCCAUUAACUGCUUUCUGUGGUUUUGAUAGUGGAACUGCUUUCUCUAAUUUGAUAGUGGGACCACAUAGGUUAAAUUUCCCAUUUGUGUGGAUUCAUUUCAGAUUACUGGGGAACUCUUUGUAUCUUUGCAACAAUGUGGGAAAAGUAACUUGGUACUUAAAUGUGGGUCUCCUUAUUUAGUGUUUGACUAUCAUUGCUGGAAACAAAAAUCUGUGGAGUGUUCAUACAGUACACUUCAGCUUUCCAGAUUAUCUUUCUCUAUACUACGAUUUACUUAAAUAUCUAUAUUAAAGUAUGGUCUCAAGGUAGUAUAGGCAGCCUGAGAGUUUAGAGGCCUUUACUUAGAAAGGAGUCUAGACAGUGAAUAUAAUUCUCAUUACUGGACUAUUAUAAGGAAGAAGUUAAUUUGCCCUGUAUAUCAGGGUACAAAAAAAUUCAAAGAUGUGCCUAAUAACUAAUAGACUUAGGCCAGUCAAAAACUAACAGCAGUUUCUAAUACAGGUGCAUGCCUAAUGUUCAUCAGUACAGAGUCCACUUACUGCAUUCUUUUGAUCACUGAAAUAAAAGCUUCUACAAGAUUCAA